UCGAUAAAUAAAUGCCAAAUUUCAGGGCUGCAAAAAGAAGAAUUUGCUGGUCACACAGAAAUACUGCAUGGCAAUUUCGAGAAAUCGGCACAUUGACAAAAUGUUCAAAUUGACUCGGAGCAUUAAAAAGCGAGUGGGAUUGUUGCAGGGCUGCCACAAAACUGAAAAGAAAAUGCAACGUGAAAGUUCAGAAAACUUGAAAAGAAAGCGACAACUGCAGGCUGAAAAUAACAAGGAAUUAGGAUCUGUUUCUCCCUUGCCAUUGGAAAAUAAAAGCAUCAUUUCGGAUUUCGACAUAUUGAGCAUUUACUCGGAUAUAUCCAAACUCAGUGCCAUCGAGGAGCAUUUGAAUCUGUUGUAUCGACCCUUUACCUGCUUUGUGAAAUCGCGAUGCAACUAUAAACUUUACGAAUUGGAAUGUCUAUUAUCCAACACUCGCUAUGAGCCUCACAAGCAUCCGGCGCUUUUCAUCCGUCACUCGAAUCCGUCGAGCAGUUUACGGGUUUACGAUAAUGGGAACAUCUGCAGCCAGGGCUACAGCUAUGAUGGGUCUGCAUUGGGCGCUAAAUGUUUUAUGAACACCAUGGAACAAUUGGGAUACUCUCCGAUGUUUUACCAUCCCAAGUUUAAUGUGGUGAAUGCAACAUUCUGCAUGCCAUUCUGCAUUAAUCUGGAUAACUUUUAUUUGGAGUAUCGUAGAGAUUGCCUAUAUAAUCCAGAAACGCAUCCAUAUCUCAUCUACAAAGUGCCAGAUUCAAGCAUUAAAUUGGCCAUAUUUCCCAUGGGAUAUGUGUACGUAUUGUUGUCCUCCAAUCCAAAAAGUACCCAAAAGGUUAUCGGACACAUUUUACCGCUACUCUAUCGACAUCGGAACUUGGAAUUGAUAACGGAACGGGAACUAAGCAGUGGUGACAUUAAUUUCAAAUUGCUGUGGGAAAAUGAGUUUCAGAAGGCGUACCAGGAUACCCUUAAAUACUAUAUGCCCAAAGAACAACACCAACAACAGCAGCGACAACUUCAACUAAAACUUUAAUUAAAAACUUUUAAUAUAUGAGAGACUAUGCAUAUCCUGUUCAAAUUCUCAUAAAUGUCGAAAUGCUGAAAAAGUUUUGGAAACUUUUGUCGGUGAAAAUAAUGCAAAAAAUUGCUCCAGGCUAAUAAGUAUUAUUCAACAAAAUAUCACAAUUUUUGAAUAGGAUUUUGCCUACAUAUAUUUA